AUGCCGAUAUGGACGGUGUGGAACGAUAUCAAGGACUUUACAAACUACUACUACUACGAAGACGUGACGCAAGUCACCGCCAUUUGCCUACUUGCGCUAUAUAUCAAUAGCCACACGGGGAUCCUCCAAUCUUACGGUAAAGAUGCCGCGGUCGUGGUGCCCUAUAUGCUGCGUCGUCUCACGCUUGCCCUCGCGUUAUUCAUCUACUCCUUCUACAUCCCCGAGCACAGGCCCCAGCAGUGGCUAUAUUCAUCACUUCACUAUGCUGGAUCGCGGUGCUAUUCGUCAAUGUCAAACUCAAGAUUGCCCUCGCGCUCAUCCACCUUUGUCACCACCGCCAUCGGCGAGUUUCUAUAA